AUGUCGAUACCUAGGUUUAUACUUGGAAACCGAAAUUUAUGGAAUAAUCCGCUGAAGAUUAAGGGAAGUCUUCCAUAUCAAACGCUACGUGGUUAUGCAAAAGCAUCGAAGAAAACUUCUUCUUUCUCGAUGACUGUACCCGAGGCUACCAAAUAUCUGCGAGCUUUGAGUGUUUCCGUUCCGUUUGAUGGAUCUUACGUUCUUUCUGUGGGUCUACGCACCCGAAGAGGACUUCCACCUGUUCGAGGAAAAGUGUUAUUUCCUCAUCCAUUUCAUGAAAUUCCUAAAAUAUGCGUCUUAGCUGUUGGGGAUGCAGAACGAGAGGCCUUAGAGCACGGUGCAACUUAUGCUGGAGGAGAGAAUCUCGUCCAAAAAAUUAUAGCGGGAGAAAUAGAGUUUUCAAAAUGUUUGGCACAUCCUAGUGCUUCUCACUUGUUGCCUAAAGUAGCUAAAAUUUUAGGACCAAAGCAUUUGCUACCCACAACGAAGCGCGGUACUAUAGUGGAAGAAAUAGGUCCUGCUGUGGAAGCAGCCAUGAAAAUGACGGAUUAUCGGGAAGCAAAUGGUGUUAUUAAUAUCCCGAUUGGAAAACUGGAUUACGAUGACAAGUUAUUACAAGACAACAUCGAAGCGUUGCUUAAUAGUAUACGCAACCAUAUUUCGCAGCUGUCAACAAAAGUUAAAGUUUCAAUCAAAAAUACACACCUCUUCGCUUCCAACACGAUUUCUUUACCUCUUCCCUAUAAAUAA